AUGAGUAAUGCUGAGGAAGAAACGGUGAAGAAGAAAAAAAAGUAUCGUAAAGAUAAACCAUGGGAUAAUGAAAACAUUGAUCACUGGAAAGUUGAGAAGUUUACACAAGAAGAUAACAAACAUCAUUUUUUAGAAGAGUCAAGUUUUAAAGUAUUAUUUCCAAAAUAUCGUGAGAAAUAUUUACAACAAUUUAGUAGUGAUAUAAAAAAUGUAUUAAAUAAGCAUUUUAUAAAAUUUGAAAUUGAUUUAAUUGAAGGUUAUAUGUGUGUAAAAACUACCAAGAAAACAUUUGAUCCAUAUAUUAUAAUAAAAUCUAGAGAUAUGAUAUCUUUAUUAUCAAGGAGCGUCCCCUUUGUACAUGCGAAACGUGUUUUAGAAGAUGAGACAUAUUGUGAUAUAAUAAAAAUAAGUGGUUAUGUUCGUAAUAAAAAUAAAUUUAUUAAAAGAAGACAAAGGUUAUUAGGAAGUAAUGCAACGACAUUAAAAGCACUAGAAAUUCUAACAAAUUGUUAUAUAUGUAUUCAUGGGAAAACAGUUAGUGUUAUAGGCCAUUUUAAAUCACUAAAAGUUGUUAGAAGAAUUAUUAUUGAUUGUAUGAAAAACAUACAUCCUGUAUAUCAUAUUAAAGAACUUAUUGCAAAAAGAGAAUUAGAAAAAAAUGAAGAAUUCAAAAAUGAAAAUUGGGAAAAAUUUUUACCAAAUUUUAAAAAAAGAAAUGUCCAAAGAAAAAAAAUUAAAGAAAAAUUAGAUAAAAAGAAAAAGAAAAAUAAAUCUGUUUUCCCACCAGAUCAGUUGCCUCGUAAAAUUGAUAUACAAAUGGAAACAGGAGAAUACUUUUUGAAUAAUCAAAAAAACAAAAAAAAAAAUAAAACUCAAGAUAAACAACAAAAAGGAAACGAAUAA